AUGAGCUUCGACACUGUCGGGACUUUACUGGCCGACAUUGCAAACCUACUUAGCGAAGGUCUGCGGACCCUGACGCAGACAGAUAGCAGCCAGUGGGGGCUCGAUGAGCACGAACAGGUCCGCGCCUUCCAAGACGCGCUCAAUGAGGCCAAGACCGACUUCCAGGAACUCUCCCCGUUAGUCAAGGGUCAGAUAUACUACGAGAAUGAUCGCAAGCGUGAAUCCCUCAAUGAGCUCAAAUCGCUGCGCUCAAAAACCGAGCUGCACAUACAACACAUUCGAGAUUGGGCCGAAACCGGUGGCCCUAUAAAUCCCAUAUGGGUGAACGACACGAAGCUUCUACGUCGCGAGCUACACCGCACUCAGUGCAGAGCCGUGGGAAGGAUAUAUGCCGUCGAGCAGGAAUCCGAACCAAGGUGCCUCGGUGGCUUCCUCGUCUACCGCAAACAGCGCGAUUGGACCAACCAACCGUGUAACCGCAUUGACGAGUACAGGAGCCGCCAGCUCGACGAGUUGGUGACGUGCAAUAGCGUCGGCAAGUUUGAGCGCUUCGGCGACGUCGAUGUCACCUUCAUUUGCGAGUUCUGCGACGGCCAUAUCGUGUGGGAGGAUCUCGAGAACAUGCCCUCCAUUCGCGCAGUCGACGAGUCUGUCGCCGCCUCCGAGUCCCCGACACCGCCCCCGCCCCAACUGCUGGCAUCGAACACUGGCAGGCCACCGGCUUCUCCGUCACCACCAGGGAAGAGAAGAGCAUAG